GCCAGCCCUCUGUGGAGGCGUUCAGGGGAUUCUGCCUGCCGAGCUCGUUCAAUAAGCCUGCUGUGCCCAGGUGCCAAGCCCUCCCCGACCAGAUCUGUUUUGUCUCUUGCUAGGCUGAGUCACAUAGAAUAGAUAGUUUAUCAGCACAUGUCCUCCAGAUCAUAUUAUCCGCUUACAAAUAUAGCCUGUUAGCGCACAGGCACGGUAGUCCUUCCGCUGGGGGUGUUGCUCUGAGAGUGUAAACAGCGCCGAAAGCGGAUUACAGGGUGGCAGCCGCGGCCGGGGACUCUCAGCACCACCCGCACAGGGAAGGUGAGUGGCGGGUGGUCUCGGCCGCAGCGGCGGAGGGGUGUGAGCUAGCAGAUGGGAGCGCCGGUCCUGCGACUGCGCGGAAGCUGAGUGGGGCGUCGCGGCUGCUUGGGGGGGACCCGCCACCGCGCCUGCGUUGUGGCUUUGGCUGGUGAGCUCCGGCCAGCAACCACCCAAGCACACGGAGGGGACCAGGCUUUAAUCGGUGCUUAGUUCAAGAACCACAAUUGAGUGGGGCGACAGAAAUCACGUCGGGAUGCACGGGUGCCCUCAGGUAAUUUUAUGCUGCUCCCCAAAUGGGACACAAAGUGGUGGUGUUUGACAUUUCUGUCGUCAGAGCCUUGUGGGAAACUCGUGUCAAGAAGCACAGAGCAUGGCAGAAGAAGGAGGCUGAGAGGCUGGAGAAGAGCGCACUGGAGAAGAUAAAGGAAGAGUGGGACUUUGUGGCUGAGUGCAGGAGGAAGGGCGUGCCCCAGGCACAGUACUGCAAGAAUGGCUUCGUGGAUACCAGUGCAAGGCUCCUGGAAAAGAUGGAGAGGAACUCCGUCACCAGGCAGAGUGCAUGGGUCAAGGACAGAGGCAAACGGAGCAAUCCAUUUGUGUUUGAACUUUCAGGGGCACAGUGGAAGGAGCUGCCUGAUUCGCUGAAGGAGCAGACACACCUCAAAGAAUGGCACAUUCACAGCACCCUGAUUCAGAUCAUUCCUACAUACAUCGAGCUGUUUCAAGCAAUGAGAAUUCUGGAUUUGCCGAAAAACCAAAUCACGAGUCUUCCAGCUGAAAUUGGUCGCUUAAAGAACCUGAAAGAACUCAACGUGAGUUUCAACCAUCUGAAGAGUAUUCCCCCGGAGCUGGGAGACUGUGAGAAUCUGGAGAAACUAGACUGCUCUGGGAACCUGGACCUGGUGGAGCUCCCCUUUGAAUUGAGUAAUUUGAAGCAAGUGACGUUUGUCGAUAUCUCAGCAAACAAGUUCUCCAGUGUCCCGAUCUGUGUCCUGCGGAUGUGCCGUCUACAGUGGUUGGAUAUCAGCAGCAAUAAUCUGAGUGACCUGCCACAAGACAUAGACAGGCUGGAAGAGCUGCAGGGCUUUCUCCUGUAUAAAAACAAGCUGACCUACCUUCCUCAAGCCAUGCUCAACCUCAAAAAGCUCACCUUGCUGGUUGUCAGUGGGGAUCACCUGGUGGAGCUCCCGACUGCUCUCUGCGAUGCCUCUACACCUUUAAAAUUUGUAAGCCUUAUGGACAAUCCUAUAGAUAAGACCCAGUGUCAAGACAGCGAUGAAAUAGUAGAAAGUGAACAGGACCGUCAGCAUUUUGACAAAGAGUUUAUGAAAGCAUAUAUUGAAGAUCUUAAAGAAAGAGAAGCUGUUCCCAGUUAUACCACUAAAGUGUCGUUUAGCCUUCAACUUUGACUUGACCCACCAGAAGACCACAAAAUCUUGCUGCCUUGUGCUCCACAUCUUUGUAUAUGUGUUACAUCUUAUAGGAAUUGUGGCUUGUGCUUAAGGACAAAGUCUAGAAACUACAUCACUGUUAAGAAAAUAAUUUUCAAAUUUCAAAUAUGGGAAGACUGAUGAAUUUGCUUAUGUAAUAAUAUUAAUAGACUAAUUGUUCUAAGGAAUGCACAUUUAAUAUUUUAGGAAAUACAUUGUUUAAAAAAUGUAGCAUAUAGAACAAGUUUUGCAAUUGGAUGCAUUAUUUUCAGGACUCAAGGGCUAGAGGGUUGUAAAUGAAAGAGAAUUUAUCACCUUGAAAAUGUUUUAGUAUACUGUUUAUUUUUAAUGAGAAUAAUGCUCCUUGAGCUUAAACGAGUUACUAUUUCCACAUUUUAAAUUUAUUUUGGCAAGUACAUUUAAAAUUGUAUUUUAACUCUCAGGAGAGACUGAAGGUGUAAUUUGGGUCUUGAGGGUGGAGAGAAGGGCUGGUGUGUGGAGUACAUUGGGCACUGGAUGCUCAAAUGGCGUGGGCCUAGGGAGGUCUGAACGGUGUGCUUGGGGAGCAUCCUGCCCUGACUGGUUACCUGGUAGAGCUGGGACAUCACAACAAAAACCAGAGGCAAUGCCCUCAAGGCUCCUUCCUGUAGGUGGCCCGGUGAGUGAGGAGUCCACACUGAUGACCCCUAGAAGGGCUUCUAUGGGAACCAUAGGAGGGCUCUGCCCACUGGAGUGCAGCUGUGGGCGAGCAGGAGCCGCUGGGAUGUAGUUUGCAUUGGUGAAGGCAGGGCUCGCUUUUGGGCUCUGUGCUCUUGUAUCACAUUAUACCCCUGGAAGAAUUGUAUAAAGCUUCUAUUUUUAUACCAGUGUCUUAGAUUAAAACAGACAGGAGGUGGCUGGUUGUCUUGAAGACAGGAGGAAAAAUGCACAUGGAUCACUUGUUUGUAUGUGUGGACUCCUCCCUGGGGUAGUCCAGGGCGGCCGCUACAGCCUUUGCUUGCAGUGGGGGAAGCACUCUGUAUCUGUGUCGUUAGACGCCAUACUAUCCAGGCACGGAACACUUGCUGUCUGAUGACCCUGGAAAACUAAAUUUUAAAUGCAGUGUACUUCAAUAGCCGCUGUGGCUACCAUACUGUACGGCAAGGCCUAACCUGUUGGCUUGGGGUAGGAAGAGGUUAUCUGUGAUUUAAAAAAAAGGGGGGGGGAUUUUUACUUUUUCUUACCUGAAGAACUGAUUUGCUCUCAGAAUCAUAUAAUUUAAAAAGGUUACCACAUACACAAUUAAUUAAAACAAAACUAAACUAAAAACCUAAAACAAAAGGUUAGUAGGGCUGGGAGAUGACUCAGCUGUUGAAGUUGUUGCUGCCCAGCUCUAAGGACCAGCGGAAGGCUGAUGAGAAACCCAUGGCAAUGUCAAGUGGGCAUGGUGGCCCACCUGUAACUCCAGUCCUGGGAAAUGGAAACAGGAUGUGUUCAGAGCAAACUGGCUAGGUAGCCAAGCCCACCGGAAGCUUUUGUUUCGAAUAGGAGACCCUGGCUCAGUAAAUAAAGUGGAAAGAUGAUAGAUGAUUCAAACUCAGGCCUCUCCGUGUGCACGUGCAUGCACACACAAAACACACACACACACACACCCUACACACAUGCAAAACUAUGUAACGCAUACAUAAACACUCACAGGAAACGGAAAGAAGACAGGUUAAAAUCAGCGUCUUGAUAUUUUGCCUGUGUCAGUAGUUUGAAUUAAGUCCAAACAUUUUUAUCCUUCAUAGAUAUAAAACAGGUAGCAUCCUCCAGUCAUAGGGAGAUGUCUCAGUAGAGGGUUCCUUCAACAAAAAGCAAACAGUGAGACGUGGGCUAAGAGGUGCAGAGUCGGAAGAUGAGGACUACUUUAAACUUCAUGCCUUUCUUCUCAACACUUAAAAAUGUUUCAAGUUGAUGAGUUGCCCUACUUGAAUGACUUCAGAAUUUUAUUUCAUACUCAAAUACGUGUUUUAUAUCAAGAUAUGAAAAUUGUAUGUGAAAAGACGGAAGUGUAGAAUUUUACACAAAUAGACUGUUCAUAAUUUAUGUAAGUUUUAUUUAAAUAAAGCCAGCCUUUUGUGUAAAAUCCUU